AUGGAUGAAACCCAUGGCCAAGGCUGGAGUGAUGUGGAUGACAAGAUUGCAAGUCUCCGUCAGAGAAUCGUACAAGCGAGGGACGAGUGGUUUGCUAUAAAGGAUGGCGGACUGGAGAAGAAACGGGCUCAUUUGCGGCUUAGGCAGGCAGAGCUUGAUCUGGCCGGGCUCGAAGAAGACGAGAGGAGAGAAGCGAAAGCUCGUAUCAGGCUCUUGCGGACAGAGCUUGAUCUGGCCGGGCUCGAAGAAGACGAGAGGAGAGAAGCGAAAGCUCGUAUCAGGCUCUUGCGGACAGAGCUUGAUCUGGCCGGGCUCGAAGAAGACGAGAGGAGGAAGGCAGAGGCUCGUAUCAGGCUCUUACGGGCAGAGCUUAGUCUAGCUGAGCUCGAAGAAGACGAGAGGAGAGAAGCGAAAGCUCGUAUCAGGCUCUUGCGGGCAGAGCUUAGUCUAGCUGAGCUCGAAGGAGACGAGAGGAGAGAAGCGAAAGCUCGUAUCAGGCUCUUGCGGGCAGAGCUUGAUCUGGCCGGGCUCGAAGAAGACGAGAGGAGGAAGGCAGAGGCUGAUGUUGGGGACGAAUACUCUUGUGAUGAAUUGCGAACAAGUCUCACGAAUCUCUGUCCACAGUCGUGA